UGCUCGCCCCAGCGAAAAUCUUUCAUUCUGAGGCUGCUGCUCGUGACCUCCAUGGCCUGGCGCGCGCUCGGGGCCAGACCACGGGGGACACCGGGGCGGGGACGAGCGAGCUCUGCUUGUGGAUGCGCCUCCUUCCCUGAGAGGUGGGGACACUGAGGAAGAGAAAUGGCCCCUGUCCUUUUGGGGUCCCCCGGGGCCCCCCAGGAACUGGUGACCUUUAAGGAUGUGACUGUGGACUUUACCUUCGAGGAGUGGGGGCACUUGCGCCCCUCCCAAAAGAAACUGUACCGGGAUGUGACGCUGGAGAACUACCGGAACCUGAUCUGGCUAGGACUUGAAUUUUCCAAACCGCAUGUGAUCUAUCAGUUGGAGCAUGGGGAAGCCCCUUGGCAGCUGAAGGGAGACAUCCCUGGGAUUCCCCAUCCAGAUUGGAAAAUGGGCAUUGAAACAAAGGAAUCUCCCACAGAACUGGGCAGUUUUAUGGAAGAAUCAUUCCAGGGUACAAGUGAUAAAAGGGAGGGUCCCUGUUUUUCCAUAUUGGGUCAAAAUUGGGAAUACAGGGAUAAGUGCAAGAGAAAGCGAGACAGAGAGGAGAAAUACUAUGUACCCAAUGAUGGUGGAAAGACCUUCCAGAACACCAGCCUUACUGCCUAUCAGAGAAUAGAGGCUAUAGAAAAACCUAACAUGCACAAUGAAGAUGAGAAGAGGUUAUAUCAGAACAAAUCUAUUACUCAAAACCAGAAAAUUCUUAUAGGGAAGAAAUCUUAUGUAUGUAAUGAAUGUGACAAGGUCUUCUCCCAGAGGUCAGGACUUAGGGAACAUCAGAAAAUUCAUACUGGAGAGAAAACUUGUGAAUAUAUUAAAAGUGGAAAGACUUGUCUAAAUAGCAAGCUUACUCAACAUCAGAAAGUUCAUCCUGGAGAAAAGCCUUAUGAAUGUAUUAUAUGUGGGAAGGUCUUCCGUUGGAAGUCACAUCUUACUCAACAUCAGAUAAUUCAUACUGGUGAAAAACCUUAUGUUUGUAAUGAAUGUGGGAAGGCCUACCACAAGAGAUCCGUGCUUACUCAACAUCAGAGGACUCAUACCGGAGAGAAACCUUAUGAAUGUCAUAAAUGUGGGAAGACGUUCCGAUGGAGUACUCAUCUUAGUCGACAUCGAAGAAUUCACACUGGAGAGAAACCUUAUGUGUGUACGGAAUGUGGGAAAUCCUUCCGCCAGAGGACAGUGCUUACUGAACAUCAGAGGACUCAUACAGGAGAGAAGCCUUAUGAAUGUAAUGAAUGUGGAAAGUCUUUUCGAUGGAGAACAGUGCUUGCUGAGCAUCAGAAAAUUCAUACCGGAGAGAAGCCUUAUGAAUGUAAUGAAUGCGGGAAGUGCUUCCAUUGGAACACAAAUUUUACUCGUCAUCAGAGAAUUCACACUGGAGAGAAACUUACUGAAUAUGGGAAAGCCUUUCACCAGAAGUCAGCACUUACUGAACAGCAGAAGCCUCCUAUUGGAGAAAAAUUUUAUGAAUGUAACGAAUGUGGAAAGACCUUUCAAUGGAACACAAACCUUACACGACAUCAAAGAAUUCACACGGGAGAGAAACCUUAUGAAUGUAGUGAUUGUGGAAAGGCCUUUCGAUGGAGCACAGUGCUUAUUGGACAUCAGAGAAUUCACACUGGAGAGAAACCUUAUGAAUGUAACAAAUGUGGAAAGACCUUCCAGUGGAACACAAAUCUUACUCGACAUCAGAGGACUCAUACAGGAGCGAAGCCUUAUGAAUGUAAUGAAUGUGGAAAGUCUUUUCGAUGGAGAACGGUGCUUGCUGAGCAUCAGAAAAUUCAUACCGGAGAGAAGCCUUAUGAAUGUAAUGAAUGUGGGAAGUGCUUCCAUUGGAACACAAACUUUACUCGUCAUCAGAGAAUUCACACUGGAGAGAAACUUACUGACCAGCAAAAGCCUCCUACUGAAGAAAAACUUUAUGAAUGCAACGAAUGUGGAAAGACCUUUCAAUGGAAAACAAACCUUACUCGACAUCAAAGGAUCCAUACAGGAGAGAAACCUUAUGAAUGUAGUGAUUGUGGAAAGGCCUUUCGAUGGAGCACAGUACUUAUUGAACAUCAGAGAAUUCACACUGGAGAGAAACCUUAUAAAUGCAACAAAUGUGGAAAGACCUUCCAGUGGAAUACAAACUUUACUCGACAUCAGAGGACUCAUACAUGAAAGAAACCUGAUGGUUCUAGGAAGGUCUUUCACCAGAGAACCUAGCUCACUGAACAUCAGAGAAUUUGUGGUAGAGAGAAACUAUGAAUGCAAUGAGUGUGAGAAGGCUUUCCAUCAGAAGGCAGGAUUUACUUGACACAUGAGAACUCAUACUAGGCAGAAACUUUAAGAAUGAAAUUAAUGUGGAAAGGCGUUUCCUAGAAGCAGAGAAUGUAUUCGAUAUCAGACAAUUCAUACUUGAGAUAAAUCUUUUCAUUGUCUUAGGUAUAGAAUUGCUUCCUGCCAGAAGAUUGGAGUGAACAACAUACAAUUUAUACUGGGGGGAAUAAAAACAAAUCCAAACCUCAA